AGGCAGAACCCAGAAGCCCAGACACCCGGCGGGGCGGCGGAUCGGGACGAGGGGAGCCGGUUUGGGGCCCGGGGCAGGGACGAAGGCUGCGGGUCGAGGCUCUGGUGCCUCCCUGCCACAUCUCCACGGCGCCCCCUCCAGCCGCUGGAGCCCCGGUCCUCUCCUUUGGAGCGCAAGAUCCCAGAGCCCUCGCCUGCCUCAGCGCACCAGCACCCUCCCUCCCGCCCUCGCAGCAUGGUCUGGAAGAAACUGGGCUCCGGCAACUUCUCCAGCUGCCCCAAUGGCUCCCAGUGGAUAUGGGACGUGUUUGGUGAAUGUGCCCAGGACGGCUGGGAUGAGGCCAGUGUGGGCCUGGGCUUGAUCUCCAUUUUCUGCUUCGCAGCGUCCACUUUCCCGCAGUACAUCAAGGCCUGCAAGACGGGCAACAUGGACCAGGCCCUGUCCCUGUGGUUUCUCCUGGGCUGGAUUGGUGGAGACUCCUGCAACCUCAUCGGCUCUUUCCUUGCUGACCAGCUGCCCCUGCAGACCUACACGGCGGUGUAUUACGUCCUGGCAGACCUGGUGAUGCUGUCCCUUUACUUUCACUACAAGUUUAAGAAUCGCCCCUCUCCGUUGUCUGCCCCCAUCAACUCCUUGCUCUUGUUCACCCUGGGACUGGUGUGUGCCACCCCGCUGCUGAGCAGCACUGCCUCUGUGGCUGCCCCGAGGGAGGUCUUCCAGGGCCGGAAGCUCCUGUCUGUGGAGCCGGGCAAUAAGCCCUUCACUCGGCAGGAGAUCAUUGGUUUUGUCAUCGGCUCCAUCUCCAGCGUGCUGUACCUGUUCUCCCGGCUGCCUCAGAUCCACACCAACUUCCUGCGGAAGUCGACCCAGGGGAUCUCCUACUCGCUGUUUGCCUUGGUGAUGCUGGGGAACACGCUGUACGGGCUGAGUGUGCUGCUCAAGAACCCGGAGGAGGGCCAGAGCGAGGGCAGCUACGUGCUGCACCACCUGCCCUGGCUCGUGGGCAGCCUGGGCGUGCUGCUGCUCGACGCCAUCAUCUCCAUACAGUUCCUGGUGUACAGGAACGCCGCCACGUCCUCAGAGCACCAGCCCCUCCUCCCCGGCUGACCAGGACCCAGGCCAAGCCCCGAUGACCAGGACCUCCAGCUACCACUCAGGAAGAGAGAGGUGUGGGCAGUCAGUGCCGAGGACCCUGGACGAGGCUGUGGAGGAAGCCAGGGUCGGGGGGGCCUGGUCCUCCUGACCCACCUGCCUACCCCCACGCCUCCUGGGCUGACUCUUCCAGGAGCCAGACGGCCCCAAGGGCCAGCCUGCCCCUCCCACUGGGAGCUCAUCCCCCAGGGCCUGAGGCAGCUGCCCUGGGAGCUUUGAUGGAGGGGCUGCAGCGGGGACCUCACCCCUGAAAAGGCAGUGCAGCUGUCCCUCGCUCACCUACCUCAUUGUGCGCCUCCCCGGGGAGUGCCACCGCCGUGGCCUGGUGUACCCAGACUGUCCUGUGGCCUGCAGCCAGCCCAGUAAACCCUGCUUCCCAGCGAGGCCUGUUCUGUUGCUCCUUCCCAAGAUGCUGGGGUCUGGGCUGCUCUGAACAGCAGUGGAGGGAGAUCUGGGCCCCACCUUCCAGGGCCAGAGGAUCAGCUGUGGGGGAGCCAAGCAGGAGGGGACCUGCCGGUUCGCCUCCCGGUGGCCUCUCGUUUCUUCAACCUGCUUCUCGGUGACAGGCUCCACACCUGGUGGUGGGGACCAGCAACAGGGUCCCUGACCUCAGGGCUCAGGAGGAAGCACAGCAGUUAAGGUUCAGAUCUUGGUUCUGCAUCUUAGCUUUUCUGUGCCUCAGUGACUUUGAACUGUGAAAUGGGAUGACAGUAUUACCACUUCGUAUGUCCUUAUGAGAUGGUGUCAGUAGGGAGGUUAGCCCAAAAUUUUUAGUUGGAGGAGAGAGACAACCAGACCUCCCCGGAGAUCCGGGAGACCUUCCUGGAGGAGGCGGCAUGGCAGAGGAAUGAGCAGGGGAUAAACGGGGAAAGGUGGGAGUGUUGCUGGCCAGAGGAAAAGAAGGUGCAAGAGCGGGUGGGAAGGGAGGAGAGGAAGGCAGGGCUCGGUUUGUCUCCCAGAUUCUGUUCUGAGUCCACUUCCUUGUUGGCAGCCACCUUGUGGGCACUGAGAACAGGCCAGCUUCCCUCUGCUCUUGCUCUCACAUCCUGCCUCAGGUUCCCAGGUGGUGGGAGCCAUCGGGUGGGCUGGGAUGGAGGCCGUCCCUCGGCCUUUCUUUUGGAAUCUUCAACCCCAAAGAAAGCAAGGAGCUGAGCAAGGGGACACAGCCUCCCAGGGGAGGAGAGAGUGGGGGGUGCCACGGCCCAAUCUGGGGCUACAGAUAUUUGUGCAGCACAGUUCUCCACCCUCGGUCCUUGCUGUGGCCGAAGUCUGGGAUGGGGGUGAACCAGCUCUGGUCCCUGCCAGUUAGAAGGGCAGAACUUGCCAGGCCCUCCCUGGCGGGAAGGGGUGUUACCAGAAGGUACAAAGUGCCAUAGGAAUGAGGAGACUCAACCAGGAAGGCUUCAUGGCGGAGUGGCCUGGAGCUGAAUGUUGAAGGC